ACAUCAUGUCUGAAUGAAGUAGUUAUCACUAAUGGCAUAUACAGUAUAACCAAAAGUUGUCAAACUCUCAACGAUUGCGUACUUGCAUCCUACUCGAACUUCAACAGCUGUGACGAAGAUGGUGAGACGUCUACAUGUCGUUACUGUUGUCAAGGAAGUCAGUGUAAUGAACUGGAAAAGGCGUAUGGAGUAGAGGAACCUACGACCACUCCACCUGCUAUUGUCACUACACCGACAUCUGUGUGUGAGCUUCCUGGUGACAACAGUACUGCUGUUAACUGUACAUAUCUUAAUGUGUUCUGCAACCAUACAACAUAUGAUCUCAUUGGAUUGAAUUGUACCGAUGGUUUUGGUGAUACUGAUAACGCACAUGGUGGCGGCGGUGGUGGUGGUGGUGGUGGUGGUGAAGGAACUGGUACUGGUAAUGACGGAGGUGAUAGUGAGGAUGAUGAUGAUGAUGGUGGUGGUGAUGAUGAUCAAGUUGAUGUUCCUGAGGGUACACCACAACCUCCUCGUACUACAAUGGAUGUGAUCACAACAGAUAGUGCUACUACAAUAGCACCAACGACAAUAGCACCAACGACAAUAGCACCGACGACAAUAGCACCAACUACUGCAAGCGUAACGCAUGCUCAGAACUCUACCACUGUUUUUCAAAAUGGAACAGGCCCAUUGAACACAACUUCAGAAACCAAUGACGUAGCAACGUGUCCUGAGGAGACAUUGACGGAUCUCAAAGGUACUUUUCACUGGCCGGAGACUGAAGGCGAUACCUCACACAAUAUCCCUUGUCCAUACAACUCGGAAAGUUUUUCAACCCGUAAAUGUUUGAUCAUACCAGAGACUGGUACACUGGAAUGGGGUGAAAUGGUGACGACGAAGUGUGCGUACGAAAAUGUAAUGACACGUGAAUUACAAGCACUUGCUUCCACAGAAGUCACCGCAGAAAAUGCGUUGCCACUUUCUACUAUGUUGAUGAACAUGACAGCCUCUGCAUCGAGCUUCACAGCAGCCGAUGUCGAAUUGGUUGUCAGUGUAAUGGAGAACCUGGGCCAGAACAUUGCCAUUUACGAAGAUGCCAGUAGACAGGUUAUGGGAAAUGUAAUGGACACAGCAAGUCAGAUGGCAGAUGGAGUAGACGAGCAGGUGUUGCUCGACGGAGAAGAAGAAACUCAAUCAAGUACAAGAAUUUUACAAAACAUUGAUUUGUUUGCACGUGAUGUCGAUCUUAACGAAACAACAUUUGGAGUCUCCACAAUGACGUUUGAUAUUGCCGUUCUUGAUCUCGUCAACACGACAAUCACAGAAGACGUCGUUUUUGUUGGUGGAACAGGGUCACAGGCGGAUCUUUUUGUUAAUACCUCGAGUCAAAAUUUGGCUACAGACGACCUUACUUCUAUUACUAUGCCUGGUUCACUCUUCGAGUUAGAUAUUGGGCCAAUAUGGCGAUGCCAAUUCGUUCUUUUCAUGGAUACGAUUUACUUUGAUAUCAUUGGCCAAGUUGUAAAUAAUACCGUGGACAUUACGGACCAGACAUAUAUUUCUAAUAAUAGUACCAAUUCAACGGAAUUGCAAAAUUUUUCUAACGAAACCUCUUCAGAACCAAUCAGAACCAACGUAUUAAACAGUUUAGUCGUGUCGGCUACCUUAGGUAAUAUGGAAAUAAAUGACCUACUGGAACCAAUCGCUAUAACACUUGUGCAUAAGCAAAGCGAGAAUGUUGGUAAUCCACGUUGUGUCUUCUGGAAUUUCACUGCUAAUGGAGGCAUGGGUGGCUGGUCCUCUGAGGGGUGUUCCGUUGACUCAUCCAACGAUACGAGCACAGUAUGCGUGUGUAAUCAUCUUACAAACUUCGCUCUGCUCAUGGACAUAUAUGGUGAUACGGCUGAACUGCCUUCUCAACACCAAGAAGCUUUGUCUUAUAUAUCGUACAUAGGCUGUGGACUCUCAAUACUUGGCCUAAGCUUAACCCUUCUCACAUACGCUUGCUGCAGGUAUUCGCUAUUCUGUUCCCAUCGUUCCAAGUCUUACGAUGUUUUUGAAAUGCAACAGUCAGUAGUUUUCAACAAAAGCAAUUUAAUUAUUGGUAAAAUAGAAAAUGGUGGCGCUGAUUUAAGCCUACAUUACCCAAAAGGAGAUCCGCGAAGGAGAACCAAGGCAGAUAAAAGAGUGAAGAUUCUCUUGAACCUUGUAUUGGCACUAUUGAUGGCAAACAUCUUUUUCAUGAUGGCCUCGCUGACAGUUGAAUUUGAAGAACUGGAAGACGUCUGCCGGAUCAUGGCAAUAUUCCUGCAUUACUUCCUCCUGGCAACGAUGACGUGGAUGGCAUUGGAGGCUUUUAAUAUGUACCUGUCACUUGUAAAAGUGUUUGAGCAAUACUACUCGCACUUCAUUCUAAAGCAAAUGAUCUUUGGCUGGGGUGUUCCAUUGAUAUUUGUCAUCGUAACGUUGUCAAUCGACAUGGAUCAUUAUGGAUUCCACAGUGGAGCUUGUUGGUUAGAUCGGUCAGCGUUCUACUUUGCUUUCAUGAUACCUGCAGUUAUAAUACUUAUCUUCAACUUCGUUGUCUUCACGUUGGUUAUGAAACAACUUUGUAAUCUUCGCCACUCUAAGAUCACCAAAACUGAACGCUUCAAUGCGUGGUCGCACCUCCGCGGGUCCAUAAGUCUGAUGGUGUUACUAGGCCUAACUUGGGCUGUGGCAAUAUUUGCCGUUAGUGAAGCUAGCCUCGUUUUUAGCUACCUUUUCGCUAUAUUAAAUUCCUUUCAGGGUCUAAGUAUAUUCAUAUUCCAUUGCCUUGCAAAGAAGGAUAUUCGCCAUAACUGGCGCAAACUCUGCUGCCCAUGCUGUGCCGGACCAGAUGAGGAUUUUUCGUCAGGUGGCUCCUCAAGCAAGUAUCGCACAGGCACCAAACGUCAACGAAUGACGUGGUCUACAGACGCGCGAAAUCAUUCGUCGAAGAAAGGUGGAUCGUCUGCUAAAGCAAACUUAUCGGCAAAUUCAAAUAACACCAAUUCUCAUACUGUUUCUGAAAACUCAAGGAAUAGCUACGGAACCAAUGGAACAGUCUUCAACAGGCCUCCUUCGCAUUCAACAGUAAUAGGGUAUAGACAAACUUACAAUACCUAAAUACACAUAUAAUAACUAAAUUGUGUAGUUUAAGCCUAAAAUACAUUAAAUAUAAUAAUAUCUUUACUGUGAAGGGGAAUACUGUACAUAUUUCUAAUGAAUUAACCGCAUAGAUAACAAAGAAUUUGUUGCAGAUAGAUUUUUUUUUGCUUCUUUAUUCUGAAUUCGGUUUAUUCCUCAUUGUAUUUAACUAUAUUGAGACUAUGACGUCACUAUGACGUCAUUAUUCAUGUAUCACGGUCUAUCACAAAAGGUCAUAACAGAGGCGAUUUAUCAAUGUCUUAUGCUAUAUGAAAACGGGGCUGGUUCCCAAUAUAUAUUUAUAUACUAUUUAUUAGUAUUAUUUUUAAUAUUUACAACAGCUUUUGUAAGUAACAAAUCAUUCCAUAGGCCUGCCUAUAUUUUAGAUAAAAAUGACAAAAUUAUAGUUUUAUUAUUAUCUAGAUUUUGUUUUAUUGUGUUUUAGUAGUAAGAAAUUGAAAUAUAAUAUUAUUUUAUUUUUAAUGAUUAUGUUUUUAUUAUGAAACGCUUGUAUGAUUCACAUCUUUUAAUUUUAAUGUUCAUUGAUUUUUUUUUUCUCUAACAAUUAAUAAUGCUAUACGGUACCGGUAUAUAAUGUAAAGCUUAUAAAGAAAGUUUCAUUCAUACGUCGGUACAGGAUAGUAGUGUUUGUUAGAGGAACCAAAGUUAAAAGUGUAUUUUGUGUGAUUUAUAAAUUGUAGUUUCAAUGUAUACUGUCUAGCUAUAUUGAACUAACGAACUAAUUAUCGUGAUUUUAGUAGUAAAAAUAUUUAACAAAUUAUAGUAGGCCUAUUAAUUUUUAAUUAUUUUGUUUUUAUUAUGAAAUUCUUGCUGGAUUUACCUGUAGGCUGAGCCCGUUUUCUAUUUAUAGUGUUCGUUGUUUUUUCUAGCAUUAUAAUGCUGUUCUGCAAAGCUUAUAAGCAAGUUUCACUUAUAUGCUGGUAAACAGCAUGUAUUUGUUAGAGAAAACAAGUGGAUAAAAGUGUAUUUUGUGUGAUCAAGGAGGUAUAAAAUAAUUAUAAAAAAUAAAUAUAAAAUUAUUUUAUACCUCCAUAGUGUGAUUUAUAAAUUGUAGUUUAAAUGUAUAGUGCGUAUGUUGAGCUAAGGAAAUUGUGUCUAAAUAAAUGUACAUAGGCCUACUUCGCAUAAUGACUUGUAGUAAUUAGCAAUGUCGUCGCCAGUUAAUUAACGCAUUCAUUUUAUGCCUACCGAUUAUCAUGUAUUUUGGCAGACACCGGUCCUUGCAGUGAGUGCUCGUCUUUAAUGACCACAUUUGUGACCGAAUUUUUUAAUGUCUUUAGCAGCUUUGGUCUCUUUCAGAAUAAUAAAGAUAAACGACAUUUGUUAAUUAAUAUGGGACCACAAAAAUGUGGUAUUUAAUAGGAGGUGGUCUUUAAUUGGAGGGGUCUAUAAUUACAGGGAUAUCUGUACAGAAUUGUCUAAGAAUAAGGAUUUUUAAAAUAAAAAAAUCUUUGUAAAUAUUUAACGUAUUUAUUUCGAUCUGUUUAUCUUUUAAAGUUAAUAUCUUAUUUGAUUCUUUGUCAUUCAUGGUAUACUGGGUAUCACUAUUUACGUAACAUCUAAUAUUGCGAGAAGGGAAACAGGUAAUAAUGAGUUUUAAAAUAAAAUUAUGAAUUAUGAAGUAUACAUUUAAACAAGUGAGGCUAUGUUUUAACAAGUUGUAAAUUUUAAUAAAUAAAAACGUUUGUA